CGCCAAGGCAAACAAGAAAUGGUCGAAUUGUUAUUAGAAAAUGGCGCUGGUUUAGAUUACAAAAAUAAAGUCGGUAAUACAGCAUUGAUUGAAGCCUGCAAUCAAGGCCAUGCUGAUGUAGCAAAGCUGCUCUUGGAACGGGACGCUUCCAACGUGGAUAUUGCUACAGAUUGGACAUCGGAUAGUGCCCUAACGUGGGCUUGCACGUUAGGCAAUGAAUCCAUUGUCAAGCUCUUACUGGAACGUGGUAGUGACACAGAACAUCGUACUAAAGAUGGCUGUACAGCAUUAAUGUUUGCUGCUUUAGCUGGACAUGACGCUAUUGUGUCAUUAUUGCUUGAACAUGAUGCCGUUGUCAAUGUUGUUUCUGAUAGUAAUCAUGAUAGCCCUUUAACUUUUGCCUGUUGGAAAGGUCACGAUAAAGUAGUUGCCCUUUUAUUGCAAUACGGUGCUCACAUUGAGCAUCGCACAAAAGAAGGCUUUACACCGUUAAUGUUUGCUGCAUUAGGCGGUCAUUUAGCUGUUGCUGGAGAAUUAUUAAGACAUGGUGCC